ACCUACACAACCAUUUCUAAUGACAACGCUAUAACUACACUCCAAAUUGACUUCUCCCUGCACACAAACUAACAACCAUGUCUUCAACUUUCUUUAAUGUUUUUCUUCCUCUUUUUCUUGUUCAUCUGUUCAUCACUUCAUCAUCUACCUCCGCCACCAGAUCCCAUUUUCUUCCAUCAACAACCCUUAAUUCAUCUAAACAACAAACAAAAGAUCCCAUAUCCUCACCUGACUUCUUUUCUCAAGAUGAUCAUAAUAAUACCAUCAAACAUAACUCUUCAACUCUGAGCUUCAUUCAGCGAAAAUUCAGAAUUUCUUCUCUUACUAAUACCGAUCCUAAUAUUAGAUUCCUUGCCGAACAUGCUGGUUACAUCCCGUUUCCAGAUGGUGAAAGGAUGUUCUACUUCUUCUUUGAUUCACGUCAUGACAAGAAGAAUGACCCAUUCAUACUAUGGUUGAGUGGAGGACCUGGAGCUAGUGGUAGCACUGCAUUAUUCUAUGAAAAUGGUCCAUUUACACUUGAAGAUGACUUCUCUCUUGUCGAUAAUACAUAUAGCUGGGACAAGAUGUCGAAUAUUCUAUUUGUUGAUCAACCGAUGGGAACAGGUUUGAGUCACCUAAGUAAUGAUGAUGCUAUGAGACACGAUUUAAGUAGGGUCAUCGAUGAUUUGUACAUCUUCUUGCAGGAAUUCUUUAAGGGCCAUCGGGAUCUUUCUCAAAAUGAUUUCUUCAUAAUCGGACAAAGUUAUGGUGGGCACUAUGCUCCUGCUCUAGCUGCUCGGAUACAAAGUGGGAAUAACGAGGCGGAGGGAAUUCAUAUACAUCUUAAGGGAUUUGCUAUUGGUAAUGGACAUACAAAUCCUAAAAUUCAAUACCCAACAAUACCUGAAUAUGCGAAGUCUCAUGAUAUAAUUACGGGAGAGCAGGAGGAGUUUCUAAAAAGUAUAAUUCCACGUUGCAAAUCUUCUAUAGAGGCUUGUGAAAGGGGUGAUGAAGGAACGGGUGAUGAAGAUCCAUGUGCCAAUGCAUUCAACUUUUGUAGUGACAUAAUUAAAUGGAUUCGUAAAUUUUCUCCGAACAAAAAUUUUGGUAAUAUUAGAAAGCCUCGUGACGGUCCCUCUGACAACGAUUUCUCGACCUUGGAUGAGUUUCUUAAUGCACGAUCCAUAAAGGAAACUCUAAAUGCAGGAGAAGAAUCAUUUGUUUCUGUGGACCGUAAGAUAUUUAAUGCAAUGACGAGAGACUAUAUGAAGAAUCUUGAUCUUAAAAUUGCUGGCUUACUUAAAUUAGAAGGAGGAAUCAAGGUUCUUAUCUAUGUGGGAGAUCUAGAUCUCAUCAACAAUUUUAUUGGAAAUAAGAAGUGGGUCACCCAAAUGGAUUGGCCUGGUAGACAAGGGUUUAGUACAGCUCCAGAUGUUGAUUUUGUUGUUGAUGGUACGAAAGCGGGAUCUAUGAGAAACUAUGGUCCUCUCACUUUCAUCCAGGUUUUAGAUGCGGGUUACAUGGUCCCAAUGGAUCGACCAAGAGUUGCUUUUCAUAUGAUAAAAAAUUGGAUACACAACAUAGAUACAUGAAUAAACCCUGUUGUUUCUCGUGUUGGGUUACUUGAGAUGAUGCUUAAGUUUUUUUACUUCAAAUAAUGAAACCAAAUAAAUGUAGGAAAGGAGACAUGAUCGAUCGAUAAUUAAUGACAAAUUUGGAAGUGGAGACUGGAAUGUAAUAAUUAUCUGUGUGAGGAUUGAUCGAAAAACUUGAAUAAAAUUAUCUCAUAUUCAUGUUAUGGAACAUAAUUAGCUGACGUGGCAUGCAUGUUCUACUCAAUAGUUGACACGUGGCGCCAAGCAACCGACCAUCCUACACAUAUUAUUAUCUAAUAUCUAUAAUAACGGACCUAUAUAUUUACGUGAUA